UAUUCACGCCCAAACCCCCAAAAAUAAAUAAAAAACAAACAAAAAAGCGCAUCAUCUCAAUUCCCACACGCUGCCGGCCCCCGCCGCCCCAAAUCCGGAAGGGAAACCCGCCGACGCCGUCGCGGCUUCCGAGGCGCAGCGCAGCCCUUCCAUGGCCUCCUCCAACUCCGACUCCGCCGCCGCCGGGGCCGACGACCUCGACCAGCUUCUCGACAGCGCCCUCGACGACUUCACCAGCCUCGAUCUCUCGGCCUCCGCCGCUCCCAAUAGCGGCGGCGAGGCCUCCGGGUCGGCUUCGGCGUCGGGGUCGGGGGCCAAAGGGCCGGUGAAGGGGCUGGGGUUGGGGCUGCCGGACCCCAAGGCGCCGAGGCGGCGCGCGGCGAAGCAGACCCCGCCGCCGCCUAGGGGCGCGUACGCGUCGGAGGCGCUCGAGAAGCUGACACGCGAGACCCGGGAGGCGGUGCGCGGCCUCGAGACGGCCACCGGGGGUGUCGCGGGGCUGGACGACGACGCGAUGAUGGAGGAGUUCGUCAAGCAGUUCGAGGAGUUCGCAGGGGCGCAGGAUAUGGACUCUAUUGUUGAAACAAUGAUGCAGCAACUUUUAUCCAAGGAGAUUCUUCAUGAGCCCAUGAAGGACAUUGUGGAAAAAUAUCCAAAAUGGCUGGAGGAUAACAAAGAUAAAAUAAGCAAAGAAGAAUGCAAGCGUUACAACAAUCAGCUUGAACUCAUGGUGAAGCUUAUUGAGGUCUACGAAAAUGAUCCUGAGAACAUGACUAAGAUUUUUGACAUCAUGCAAAACAUGCAAGAAUGUGGUCAGCCCCCUAGUGAUCUUGUCCAAGAUAUUAUUCCUGAUCUGGAUCUGAGCAAGUUGGGACAACUGUCUCCCGAGAUGCUUGAAUCAGCACCAAAUUGUUGCGUAAUGUGAUGAGCGAAAUAUUUCAUUGUGGAUGCAAAUUCCAUGGAGUUUACCUUACCUGUACCUUUCCCCUCUUGGAUUUUGUAGUUUGAAGAUAAGUUUCGUUUGGAUAAUUUGUAAAGCCUCAAAGAUAUAUAAUGAGUUCAAUGUUCUUUCUGAUUCUUGAAUGGAAGCUAUAUUCUUUCCAGUUGAUGUACUGUAAUACCCUUGCGGCCCUAUAUACAUGCCAUCUUUCAAAUCUGUUCUUAAAUAA